AUGGGACACAAAGUUAGUGUUUCGUGUUAUGCAAGAGUACAGGGAUACGAUUUCCGAAUCCUAAACUCAAGCCAUUAUAAAAACAGAUGCCCGCAAAAGGAUGGAUUCUUUCAACGACACUGCAUAGCGGCUCACAUAUUAACUUUGUAUGACUAUAUACUAUUUCUGGACGCCGAUUUCGGUGUUGUCAAUCCAAAAAAACGCAUUGAAGAGCACAUCGAUCCUAAAGUGGACAUAAUAUUCUAUGAUCGAUUUUAUAAUUGGGAAAUAACGGCUGGAUCGUAUUUGGCAAAAAACAGCACAUGGUCAAGAAAUUUUUUGCUAAUACACAAAUCCAUAUCUAAAGAUUUUGCCAGAUACGAAAAACGACUGCCUAAAAGUUUCCAUGGGACAGAUAAUGGAGCAUUGCAUGCUUAUGUAGCUGAAGUUGUUCUUGGCCAAAACCAUACUGAAAUGGCUCUCUGUAUGGAUAUCUACAGAAAAUCUAAGAACUUCGGCACUCUCUUCUUAUACGAAGCUUGCGUCAGAGAAGUUUUGGGGGACGACGUCUACCUUGGAAAGAUAAAAAUUCUUCCAAAGGGUGUUGCAUGGGCUCGUGACAAUUGGUUGACGAAUAGUUUAUGGAGCUUAGAAAGGGACUUCAUUAUUCAUGGUUGGAAAGAGAACCAGCUGAGAAAUUACAGUAAAAUCCCUGUGCCCAUCGUCUCAAACUCAAAGUCAAUGUGGUACAAUCCACUAGAAGGAUCUAUUAACCUAAGACUAUGUACAGAAGGGUAAAU